AUGGCUAAGCGAUCCAAAUCAAUUGAGCGAACUAUAAAAGAAGCUGAACAAUACUUGAGCAGAUUUCCUAAUUCCAUAGAACAUUAAAGACAAAACAAGAUUAAUCAAAAACAUUCAGAUUAAGUUCCAUAAAAGUAGGGUCGGAUGAUCCAAUUAUAAGCCAGUAAGAAGGAGAUAAAAUAGGAUAAAUAAAAUGUUAAGAGUCUAUAGACUACUUAAAAAACUUUGAAGGAAUUCUUUAAAAAUACAAAUCCGAGGGAUGACAAUAUCUAAUCAAAAGUAUUGGAUAAUCACAAACUGCUUAAAGUAGCUAAGGAUUAGUAAGAAUAAUAAGAAUAAGUCGAUGUAAGUUAAAUACUAGGAGGUGAUUAAUAAAGUAUAAAAGUGAUUAUAUAAAAUGAUAAAAAUAAGGAGUAGCAAUAGGAUGCAAAUAAUAAAAAAGCUUCUUAGGACUGGUGGAAAUCAAUUUUUUAUUAAGGAAAUAGGUAGGGUUAAAGUUCCAUUAAAAGCAAUUCAUCUACAUCUUUUCUAAAACCACGAACAGUGAAUCAAAAUAUUAAUACUUAAUAAAAAGAAAAGUAAAAAUAGGAAGAACCCAAUAAGAAAAUUAAAUAAUAGGAAGCCAUAGUUACAUCAAAUUCAGCAUAAGGUAAAAAGACUUUACUGAGUUUAACUGACUUGUUUGUAACCUAAAAAUCAAAGAUGAAUUCAAUCACUAAAUACCCUAAAUCAAAUGAAGAAUUGAAUUCGAUAUAAGUAAAGGAUCAUAACAUGAAUAAUAAGGAUGAAUACAUCAAGAAAGAUGCUUCUCCACAAGUAACAGGGAAUAAAGAGGAUUCAAAACUCUUACUUCAAAUUCAGAAUAAAGAAGAUGGACAAAGUGAGAAAGAACAUGCCAAAUUAUAAAGCAAGAUGCCAAAUGAGUAAAAGGUCAUAUAAUCUCAAUCUAUAAUGCAGUCAUAAGUACCAGAAUGUGAAUUCGGAAUGGUAGACUGUGUAUUUGUUGUUGAUACAACAGGGUCGAUGGAUCCUUACCUUGAGAGAACUACAGAGGCUGUGGAGAUGAUUGUAAAUAAAAUAAAAUAGCAAUCUUUGGAGGAAUAAGUUAGUGUGAAGUUUGGUUUGGUAUGCUAUCGAGAUCAUCCUCCGUAAGAGUUGACAUAUGUAACCGAGGUUCAUAAUUUAUGUUCAAGAUCUGAGAUUAUCUCAAUUAUUAAAUAGGCAGAUUGCUAUGGGGGAGGAGAUGGAGCUGAGGCAGCCUUGGAUGGUUUGAAUGAGGCGGUUAAGAAGAUAAGUUGGAGGGAUAGUUCUACUCUACCAAGUUUGAGAUAUAUUUUUCACAUCUGUGAUUAGCCUCCACAUGGGAAGGAAUUUGGAGGGUAUAGUGAGUUAUGGGAUGAGGGAUGUCCCUGUGGAUUAAAACCAGAAGAAGUAGUGAAUAGGAUAAAUAGGAAUGAGAUUCAUUACAGAUUGAUAAUGGCAAAUGGGCCGAUGUUAUAGAGAUUUGCUUAGUAUUUGAGAGGGAAAAUCCAUAAUUACGAUGAAACCACUUUGGAUGUGGCUAUUGGGAUGGAGAUCAGGAUAAGUGAUAUGGUAAUUAGAGAAUUAUGCCCAUAUACUUAAUAAGAGUGA